UUCGUGCAGCGAAUCUGUCGCGUCGCAUAGGGUUCAACAGAAACUACCGAAACUCCAAAAACUCGAACAUGAAAUCCUCCGCAACUAGGAUGUUCGCACUUCUCGCUGCGAUCUUCAUUAUCGAAGGGAAUUGGGUCCGCGCCGCACCAAGUCCUGACAACGACAAGCUACUCAGGACUCUCGAAAACCUGGACAAGCUCUACUCGUCCAUGGCAAGACCUAGUGUGCGAAGUGGGCCUGCGACCCAACCAAACAUGGGUCCCAAGGUACAGCGGGCCAUCAACAUGUUAAGAAUUCAGCAUCUGGAGCAUCUGUACGGUGAUCGAGCAAGGCCCAGAUUUGGGAAGCGAACCGAGGCCGACGAUGCCACCAUCAAUUUCCCAGCAGAGACCUACGAGAGUCAGCGUCUUUACGUUUCUCCGAUACUCCAGAGGGCGUUGCAGCAGAGCUUCCAGAACUGGAACCCAGCUACUAAAUGGGGAUACGAAAGGGUGGCUCCAGAAAACGAUGUCAGAUAUGAAUCACCAUACCAAUCCGACAACGUAAUAUCUUCUUAAACAGUCUACAGCAAUGAAAAUAAAUAUCCUCUAAAUGUAAAGACAAACCUAUGUAAAACCUUAAGAUACCAAUCCUUUUGAACAUUUCCCCACUUCCCUACAUUACUAAUAUUAUAAUAUAUAUAAGUAAAAUGCCAAAUAGCUGUGUAACGUUAAUUGUAUUUAUGCGAUAAUGAGCUUUCUAAUAAUUAUACUUGUUUCGUAGAACUUUUGAAUUCACUCUUAAGCCCAUAUAAAAAAUAUAUAUAAGAACAAAUAAAAAGAUGGCAAAGAUGUAAAAGUUGAUUCUUAAUAUACUACACACGCAUACACACUUUAUUCUAUGAAUGUUCAUUAAAAAUGUUCCUCUUUAAGA